AUGUCUAUGAAGCUGCCAUCUCGAGUACUAGUGACAGGAGCCACUGGCUUCAUCGGGGCCCAUGUGGUGGACAGCCUGUUGGCUCGAGGCAUUGCCGUGCGCGGGGCCACACGGUCGUUGUCCAAGGGCGAGCAGAUGAUAGCUGCUCGGCCGGAACACGCCUCCAAGCUCGAGUUUGUUCAAAUCGAGGAUUUUUCGAAACUGGGGGUGUUUGAUAAUGUCAUGGAAGGAGUUGACGCGGUCAUUCACGUUGCCAGUCCAUUUACCUAUAAUACCACAAACAACGAGCAAGAGCUCAUUCUCCCCGCCAUCAAUGGCGUCAAAUCAAUCCUAGCCGCUUCCGCCAAACCGGGAAGCACUGUCAAACGGGUGAUACUGACAUCCUCGUUCGCCUCCGUCAUUGACAUUUCCAAGAAUCCCGGCCCAGAUUUCACCUACACCGGCACCCAUUGGAACCCAAUCACUUACGAAGAAAGCGUCGACCCUGCCACCAGCGCGGUAAUAGCAUACCGAGGCUCCAAGAAGUUCGCCGAGCUCGAAGCCUGGAACUUUAUGGAAAGAGAGGGGCCUCUUUUCGACCUCGUCACUCUCUGUCCUCCAAUGGUGUUCGGGCCGAUUGUACACCCCGUGGCUAGCAUUGCGCAGCUGAAUGAGUCCAACGCUGUUUUGUGGAGCGUUGCAGCCGGCGCUGAUCCGCUACCUGCCGCGAGAGUUUCUGCCUGGAUUGACGUGAGAGAUCUCGCUGAAGCGCACGUUCAGGCAUUAUUGACACCGGAAGCCGGUGGGAAGAGAUACAUCCCUGCGUCCGGGGAGCCGUUUUGCUACGAAUAUGCGGCCGAUAUCAUCAAGGAGAAGUUCCCGUGGGCGCGGGAAACAGUGACCACGAAUUAUGAGGCUGGGAAGAGGCCCGGGCCGACAUACAAGCUGGACGGGGAAACAGUGACUAGGGAGCUGGGAGUGAAAUACCGCAGCUUUGAGCAGACGGUCGAAGAGCUGGUUAGACAGGUGAAGGAGACGAUCGCAUAG